AUGCCGCCUACCAGUGCAAUCUCUGCUAGCGCAGCACACAGAUUGCAAGUGGCGCACGGAGCUGGGAUCCAGGACACUGGGGAGGCCUUGCAGCAUCUAGUCGAUGAAGCGCGACGCGCAGGAGCACCAAUUGGCGUAGUCUUGCGUGGUCUUAAAGUGGGACAUGCGCAAGUGCCGCCAAUCGAAAUCUUCCCGGAUGAGACGAACAACCUACUUCGUGGCGCAACGCCUGCAAACGGAACAGCACUUAACGGAACUUCAGCAUUGAAUCAGCGAACGCCACGCUGGCUACCCUAUUUGGUCAACGAGGCUUUUUCUUUGCAUGGUUUGACGCUUUUGGCAGUGCGGCCUGCCGUGAAGAGAAAUCUAGCGAAGAUCCAAGUAGCCCUCAGAGCGAAAGACGAGGAGGAAAGGAAUAGGGUAGAACAACAAAGGAGUGCAAGUGGUGUUCCAGGACCUACAUCGUCUUUGCAUGUGGUAGGUGAAGAAGGAGGAGGCGGCGCAAAUGGCACGAGGAUGGGUUCUUCGUCUUUGUUUGGCGGCAAUGCUAAUGGGAAUGGCAAUGAAGGUAGCAAUGUACCAAUGUCGCACCAAAACGCUGCUUCUUCUCCUCUCCAUCUAGACCAAACCCUGCUUGAUGAGGACGAUGAGCUUUGCUCCACACGAUUGAUCUGCAUUUCAACCGACAUGCGACCGAUUGCGCAGAGGAUGGGCGGACGGACUCCAUGGACACUGAGAGGCCUGCCAAGCGAGCAAUUCGACGUUUUGCCCUUGAACCCAAGAGGCGUGGCAACAGAGGUGUUUUGUCUUGGGGAAGCGCCUUUGGGACUGAAGACCAGUCGUAGAGACGUUGCAGGCUACGGAGACGGCGCAACGGACACGAAUUAUCACUUUGGAGGUGCUGGUGGUAUGCUUAAUGGAGGUCACGCUGGAACUCUUGGCAUGAUGAAUUCGCAGGGCAACGCUGUAGGAGCACAGCAUUUCUUUAGCGAAGCAGCUAGUGUAGACCGUGUUGGCGCAGGAAACAACGCUUUUGGAAACUAUGAUACUGCUGCCUCAAUAGCUGGUGCUGGUCGUGGAAGUAUGAGUACUAGUACUGGUAACGGCUAUUUCAAGAUUGGUGAAGUUUGCGCGUCAGCGACCGAGCCAUCCGCUGUGUUGCAUAGAGGUUUGGCUUCCGCGAACAGCACGAGUAUGGGCAACGAAUACGGCGGUGCGCUGUUUGAGAGGGACGAUGAUAUAAAUUUCACUCCGGCGACGCCAAUUUUGGCUGCUUCUCAUGGCAACCUAAGUAGAGGCGGCAGCGAACAAGUAGGUGGCAGUUUAUCGUCAUCUGCUGCUUGGCCUAAUGGAG